AUGAAAACGAAGAAAUGGGUCGAGGCAAAGAAGAACGCAUACGACGGAGACGACUGGGGAGACUAUGACGAGUACGAUGAAUACGGCGCGUCAGAACCAGACCCGGCGCCUCCAUCGGCUCAAUAUGCCGCAUCGCAAGCGCGAGGAUACGGUCAGCGGCUCGAUCAGCCUGGCAGGAGCUUCACAGAUCCUCAGCGGCAAGGACCGCCGCAGCUAGGGCGAAGGAACUCUUUCGAAGCGGGAGAGGAACAGCGAGCCUUCUCCAGUUCCACAGGCCAUCCACCGCAGGGCUUUACGGAGCAGCACGUGCAUCAACCGCAGCAAGCUGCACCGAGUCAACAGUACAUACAUCCCGCGCUGAGGCAGGGGAGCGGUGCCCAAUCCGACACCAGCGAUACACCAGAGCACCGGCGAGACUUCAGUCCGUCUGCGAUGCCUCCCCCGCUUCAAACGCGCAUAUUACCAGAUCCCGGGAGUGCAACUGGCUCACCUAGCGCUCGAUAUCCUCCGCGCAAGAGCAGCAUAGGCCAGGUAGAGUCACCUGCCGCCGCGUCCCCUCGUGAUCGCGCCCCUAGCAAUCCUGGAAAGCCUCUUCCUUUUGUUAGGCCCGCAGACAUAUACAAAAGGCACGCGGAAGAGAGGGAAAGGGAGCGCGCAUCUUUGGACGAGCAACGUCCAUAUGUGGAAACCGCGCCCGGUCAGAGCGCUGCCAACGCUCAGCAGCCGGUGCUGCCACCUGUAGAGGAAGGCUCGUCCACAUUCGAUAGUGACCUUCGCUCCGUGGUAGACAAUGCGUUUUCGCGUCCCGAUGAUCAGCGCUCUGUGCCACCGACUCCUAUCUCUAAGUCUGAUUCCGGAGUCUCGAGGAGUAACACAGACAGUACCUCCGGUAUCAGUCCCAUCAUGAGUCGAGUUCCCAGCUCGGCUGCAUCAGCUGUCAAGGCUAGGAACUUGGCAGGUGGUGACGGUAGUACACCCGUGAUCGCUGAGGAAGCUAGUGAGAGUGGCACUCCGGUCUCCCGGCCAACAUCUGCAGCGCUGCUCAGUGGCACACAUCAAAUACCCCGUAAAGCUUCACCCGGCCAUUCGCGAAAUGUUUCGAGUCCUUCGAUCCCCGGCAGCGGUUUGACCACACCCAACGCUACGGGAAGUCCUGCGCGGUCACCCGCGAUCACACCGCAGGCGCAUAUUCCAGAGCCAGAAACUGCUGAGCUGUCGUCUCUGGGCCAUCGAUCGGAGGAGAUGAAGAUGACUUCACCCACUGAUGCUCACGUGCGCGAAGCAGAUAUUGCAGAGGCAAUGAAGAGGAGUUCGAUCGAAGACCAUCCGGAACUAAGCGCGGCCGAGAAAGAGUCACAAGAUGCCUUUCUCGAGUCUCAUCAAGCCCCUACCUCGGUCGCGGAAGCUGUCUCACGGUCACGCUCAGCAUCCCCAAGCAAAGGUCGGGUGCAGGAACUGGCUGGCAAGUUCGGAGAUGUUUCACAUUCUCGACGUGGCUCUACACAAUCGAAUGCAUCCCGUACGAGCUUACAGUCUUGGGAGAAGAGCCAGGACAAUUCGCGACCAGUUUCUCCAACGAAGGCCAGUAGUCCUACCAGAGAUACUCUUACCGCAAGACCGCCAGCAGAGCGCGAGGCAAGUUUUCGACCAAAGCUACCUGGACAAUGGGAGUCAUAUGCUACCAGCGCAGGCAGUCCAAGCAAGGAACUGAGCAGUGUGAACCUUCCCGCUACAAACAAUCUGACAUCGCCUCUCGAAGAAGUUGACCUAAUACCAACCACGGAAAAGCAUUCAGUCGCAUCUGUGGAUCCUUCCAAAUCGGAAACCAAUGCUCUAUCAGAAUCCCUAGCCGAUCCGCUAGCGGCACUCAAAGCUGCAGGCGCUGCAGUCGGUGAAGCUGUACAGACAUCUAUUGGCCUUGGAUCAUCGCCCACCGAGGGAACACACCGAGAACAGACACACGGGAGCAUACUACCGCGACCCCUUCAGUUGUACCGUGAAGAGUCAUCUUCGACAAUACCACCGACACCUCCUGCAAAGGAUUCUCCCGAGUCGGAGGAAAUGCCGCCUCCGCCACCCUUAAAGGAGAAGAGUCCGGAGCCACGCUCAGCUACUACCGCUGGCGCAACUCCCGGAAGACCUGUCAUGUUGCCUCAAUUAAGUACGGAUGAGGCUGCCGAUGACCAAGAGAGUGACAGACUGCGAAAAGAAAUCGUCGCUAGCUUAAGUCCACAACAGACGCUCACGAAUUCCACUCCAGAGCAUAACCCGGCUUCGCUGCAUGCUGGUAGUGGACCUGUCAAUCGUGAAAGUUCUUUAUUUCCGAGCGAGUAUGAAAGUUACUGGGCAGACGGCGAUCGUACGUCUCCACGACCAUCACAUGAACGUGGUCAUGAUCGUGAUGCGCAAACGCGCUCUGAUGCUGGCAACGCUAUCACGGCAAACCCUCUCACGCAAUCACCCGUAGAUGCCACAAAACCAUCUAUCUCUACACGCUUUAGCUGGGAGGAUGGCGGCUCAGGCCUCUUAUCCAACAAGCUUGCACAGACUCCGACCGCAGCCCCUGAAACUACAAGUCAGACUGAAAGCGAAGAGAAGAUUCCUGCACCUGCUGUGGAACAGGCCGCUAAAGAACAAGAGCUUGACGACUUCCCAGCUCCCUACUUUGGGCCCACCCACGGCGUUGCUGUUAUCAAGCCGGAACCGAUCAGCGACGCCGAUUUGAACGUUCGUUCACCCGCUCAGGAUCCUGCGAGCCCAUCUACUAACAUAUUGCAACCCGAUGCUGAUCGGGCGACGUCCCCCGCUCCAGGACUCCAUGUUGUAAACUCUGCCCUAAAUCCUGAAGCAGUGGAUUUGCCGCCUCGUCUCAGCCGCGAAGUUUCACCAGUAUCCGACCAAGUUCGCUCCAGUCAAGACAUGACCACGAAAGACUCAUCUGGGCCCAGUUAUGAUUCCACGCAAGCCUCGGCCAUCAACCCUGCAAUAAGCGCACCUAUUUACGGUGUUGAAGAGCCUACGGCAAGUUCUCCCGUUACAGCGGUAUCCCCUACGUCGGACAAACCACUUGGGUUCAAGGACAUUCUGCAGAUCAAGUCCCCAGUGGAGAGGAUAAAUAACUACAACAAGACGCGUGAUUACUGGGCGCAUGCUGAUCAUGGACUGAGCGAUUGGGCCUCGGAAUCGGAACCCUCGUCUCGCGAAGCGUCAGAAGAGCCGUCGGACAUCGGCAGCACGGUCUCUGAGCUCGACACCCUCGGAUGCCUCUCAUUGGACACGACGGACAACGUGAAAGAGGAAAAGAAGCACAGGCGUCGGUUUUCCUCGCCGUUUCGCCGUUCUGGUCGCUCAAGGUCCCGACCUGGUAGCAUCGUCAUGCUGAGCAUCGAAUCAACUCCGCGCUCAACACCUGGGCACAGUCGUCCGCAAUCGUAUCAUCCGCCUGCGGCAUGGAGCACAAGUCCGUGCGCGCUGUUAACUACGCCGCCGGCAGGAGAGCUUCAAACGCCCGAAUACCUAGGCGUGCUACCUUCGCCUGCGAAGAGCGCAUUUUCACUAUUUCCUCAGGAAGGCGAGGUUCCACCCAUACCCCCAAUUCCGGAGGAUAUGGACAAGGGCCUGUCGGAACAUGUGACGCAUAGGUUGCUACAGUCCGUUAUUCGAAAUUCGACGCCACCAGCGGUGGAAAUGGAGAAGGUGGAAGAAAGCCCUGCUUUUGCGAAACCACCCGCGAGUAGGACGGACAGGCUUGAUGACGUUGCUGAUGUGGCUGCUGGGCAUCAGGGAAUCCGAAAGAAUGAGUCUCGAAUGCUGGAUGACGGUGGAGUCGUGGAGAGUGUGGAGAAGGUGGCUCCGCUACAAGCUGCCGCGGAAGUGCCAAGGGCUAACGUCAGCGAGGAUGAUCUUCCUCCGCAGCUGCAUCAUGAAGCUUUUGCAUCUGCUGGCACCGGGCAUCAAGAACUACCACAGGAUGAUGGUUGGGUACAGGUCCACGCUGUUCCACUGUCACUGGGGGAAUCGCCGGAUCAAUUGCACGCACCGCUUUCAUCUUCAGACCAGUUCUCAGUACUGCAUCACGAGCCUGCAUCGCCGAAGGAUGCUCCGGCGAGCCACGAGACCAACUUUGAGGCUGUAGCCCGGCCGUCUGCAGAUGAGAGCGAGGAUGAUCUACCUCCGCAAUUGCACCAUAUAUCGAUUCCCUCUAGAAAAGCUCCGGUUAUAGCAGACUCAAAUGGCGAUGCUGUGGCUGGCGCAGCAUGCUCUGGUCCUGAGGUCUCGCCUACGUUGUCGUUCGUAAAGCCUCAUCGCUUAGACAGCCACGAGGAAGACGGGGGCCAACCUUACCUUCGACGGUCUUCCGACGCCCAUCCGCAACGACCCGCGCUUGACGUGAGCCCCAUGCUCCCACCGGCCAAACUUGCUUCAGAUAUCUCAGACAGCUCUGAUGAUGACGUCCAGCCAAUGCCUCUCACUGGUGCGACGCCUGCAAAUGGUAAGGGUAGCUUUUCGUAUGAGACAGAGCUCAUAGGCGGCGAUCUCUCUCCCGUUUCGUCGCAUGCAGCCAGCGACGAAGAAAAAACGCCUACAAAGCCGGAUGCGCCCUCACCGCCAACAGUUGACGCGAACGUAACUCCAUUCAUCGUCACGGUCGUGGACACGGCGCAGCCGUCGCGCGACAAGGCUACAGGCGGCGAGGAUGCACUAAAAACUACCCCGCGACCCAAGCCACCACCACAACAACUAAGCGCAUACCGUGUAGUUCACGCCGUGGAAUAUCUGCAUUCGCAAUCGUCAUUCGAAUCAUGGGAACAAGAAAGUACCGCUGCAUUGUCGCAAUCGGACGAUAGCCCGCAUCUCGAUGAGCACGACGAGGCAGCGUUGCCAGCAGUCCCCGUUUCGUCGGACGUAAAACUCGACAACGCAAAGGCAGACGAGGCAGAGAGGGCAUCUUCAGAAGAAAAGCCAACAUUCAUGUCGGAUCCAGAUCCAGAUGCACCGAAACCAGUGGUUCCGAUCAAGUCCGAUACGCCCCAGGAGGCCCCGCAACAAUUUCCGCAGUUUACGCAAGCAGGGGCUCACAAACGCUCCGAGUCGCUCAUAUCGAAGAUAUCGUCCAUGGUAACGGCGGACGACGCGUCUCUAUCCCCAGUCUCUAGUUACGGUCCUCGAUCACGUCCUCCGAGUAGCGCGGCAAGUCGCCAACGGCAGAUUCCGUCUGCUAAGACCUCCCCAAUCCCUGUGCAGAUCAAGGAAGAACCUAAUGCGCCCGACCACACCAUCAACAGUGCAAUAGAGAACGAUGAUUUUGAUUUGUAUGCCGACCAUAACGGGGUGGUAAAAGACGUCAAAGACGAAGAAGGCCGCCCCUUGCGUGUGGCGACUGAGCAGCCGCCCAAAGCCGCUGCCUCUUCCCAGCCUCCUAUCCCCAGCGCAGCAAAAAACGCUCCUCUUUCAGCCCCAAUGGAAGAGGGUUCGGGAAGAUACAGCGAUGACCGACCAAUGAGUUUUGUUUGGGGCCCUCGAGAUGCCAAUGGUAGACCGCAAGAUGAGAUCAAUCGGCCUGGUGGAGGCAGCCAGGAUCAAUCCCCGCCGCGCGUUCCUAACACGCGGGUCCAGCGAACAAGCCAGCUCCGCAACGGUCCUGUUCUGAAACCAAAAGCACAGAACACCGGAAUGCCAUCGAACGGUCGACUGUUGGAGCAACCCUCUCUUGGUGAAUCGGGGAGUAAGAGUGUUUCACCACUUAGCAGCUAUCGAGAAAGCAACAAGUCCUCGCCGCAUAGCAAUGUCUCCCCGCCUCCAGUCAACAAUGCGUCUCCUCCGCCGAGCUCACCACCAUCGACCCUUUCCGAGCGACCGCAUUUCGAGAGCCCGAAGGUUUUGAAUGGUCAGCCUUCACCACCAAAGUCACCUGAUCCGCGAUUAAUUCAAGACCCACGAGUAAUGAUGGAGGCGCAGAUGCGGGGGUGGAUACCCGGUCAACCGUUUCCACAAGACCCUCGAUCGCGACCGAACAUCCCUGCUCAAGCUCAGGUGCCGGGCCAACCUCAAGGUCCGCCUUCAGCCCCGAGGAAUCAGUACGAAUAUCAACAGAUGAUGGCACGUCAAGCGAUGCAAGCACCUGAACUCAAGCCCUCGCCACCACCUGGUGUGCAGUCAACCAAGAAAGAUGACAAGUUCUCAAGGCCCAAAUUUUCCUCAGUCUUCAAAGGUUUGGGCAAAUCCAGCUCGAACACACCCCAGGUCUCGCAACCACAACCGCAGCAACCUUUACAGCCUGUUCCGCAACAGAUGCAAAAUCUCCAAAAGAGAGUACAUCCGCAGCCGAGCCUUGCACCAGAUAAUGCAAGGCGUAGCGCUUCCCUUCAAUCCGGUGUGAGUGAUAUGACUCCUCCGCAGAUAGCUCCGGUGAAGGAGCGAAGAUCCAGCGCUUUGAAGUCUGCGUUCAAUCGACCUCAAAGUUUCGGGCAAGAGUCACAGAAUAGCCAAGAUAGCACAAGGGUGCAGGUCACAGGCUCUCGCCUGGAUCUCAGGUAUCCUGCAAGUCCUCCACCUUCUCAGGGCAUACCUCCGCAACAUCCUCCUCCACAUGUUCUGCAGAACAUGCCAAAUCCGCCAAGAUCACAGGACUAUCGAGCUUCCACGUCGGAGGUACCGGAGACUGGCGGCAAGAAGAAGAGGUUCUCCGCUUUAGGCAACAUCUUCAACCGCAGCUCAACGAGUGGUCCAUCCUUUCCAAUCAAGGCUAAGAUGAGCAAGGAGGAGAAGAAGGCUCACAAGGCUCAAAAGCAUUCAAGUGCAAUGCCUCUGCAAUCAGUCCCGCAAGGUCAAGCAUGGCUGCAGCAGCAACCUGUCGAUCCGCGUCAGUACGGUGGGACCCAAUAUGGUCCGCCUCCUGCGGCAAGGCCGUUCCCCGGAAUGCAAGGCAUGCCAUUGCAGCCUAUGCAACUACAAGCCGUGCAACAGCACGCUGGGUUACCUGUUACUCCACAGAAUAUGCAACAGCAGUCCAUAUCGCCCAUGCCACCACAAAGCAUGCAUCCUCCCGGACUACCUCAGCAAUACUCUCAAAUUUCUCAAGGAUUCCAGCAUCCGGCUCAAGUCACACCGUCGCAAUUACCACCACAGUUCCAACAGCCUUCAGGAGCUCCAGAGGGCUCUGCCUACAUGGAUACCCGACAGGUAGCUCAAAUGAUGCAAGCGCAACGCAUGCAAGAACAGAGCAGACCAUCGACCCACCAUUCGUCUCAAACCAUGCAUUCAAGUAUGGCGCCCGCACCCAUUGUCCAUCAAACAGGACAGAGACCAGAUGGACAUGUUCCGCCCGCAUUUAAUGAAUAUUUCAAGCCGGACCUCAAGAUGAUCAAACCUCUUCCGCCCAUCCAACAACAAUCAGAGCAGCCAAAUCAAUACCAUCCACAUCCGCCACAACAGCAACCACCGCCAGUUGCAGUUCAGCCACCUCCAAACCUUCGCAGCGUAUCUGCCCCGAUGGCUGUUCCUUCCGUAGAUCAAACUCCGAACGUUUCACAACGGCAAGUAAGCUCGCCUCUACAUGAGCCGCAGUACGACACCCCACAGAUCCCAGCGGCCGAUGACGACGUCGCCCCCCUAAUCUCCGCCAAAACUCGAACGACUCUGUUGUUUCCCCCCAUCUCCAAUCCUUCGCCAGGUCCUUUGACUGGUCCGUCACCACCAACGAAUUUGAAGCCUCAGAAGCAAAGGAUGAGCAGUAUUACGGAGCAGGUCCAGUCGGAGCGCCCUUGGAAUCUGGAUCUACCACAUGGAGCCACUGAACAGGAGAUCGUGCGCGCGCGCCAGCGACAGUACAUGGAACAGCAGCUUGCUGCCCAGGAGCAGUUGCAUGCUGAACGAACUGGCCGAUCACCGUCACCUCGUUCAGGACAGAGCCACCAAUCUGCCAGUCCACCGCCGCCGGCGCCAACGCAAACACAUCCUCCGCAAAGAGGAAGUGGUGGGUUUCGCGAAUUGCUUCCUCGCAGCUCACCUCAGCCUUAUCCUAAUACCGAUGAGGCUGAAUCUCAGAGAACGCAACGUCAAGAACAGCAGUUGCCCAGCCCUCCAAUAGCGCCUGCACCUAUUCAUCCUGGACAGAGCCCUAGCCCGGCAGGUUACCCUCUGCCCAUGUCGCCCGAUCCAGGCGGCGUAAGAAGCCCGGUCAACCCUGUGGCAAGAAUGAUGCCACCUCCACCCCUUCCUGCGAAGAUACCUCAUACGCCAAUGAACGCAUCUUUCCCAGACUCUCACGUGACACGGCCAAUCUCACAAGACGCGGCAUCAAAUCAUACCCACGACUCACUCUACGACCCGCCUCCACCCCCGACCGAAUAUGUGCAUCCUGCACAUCGGGGCGAACCAGAAUAUGAAGACCUUACCCCAGCAGACGAGCCACCGCCCUACUCUGGACCCGGCGUACCUAAUGACGGCAUGGACAAGGACCGCCCACGACCACCCGACAUUGUGACUGAUCGCGGCCGGCUCCUCGAGCCUCGCCAGCGUCAAGCAUCCCUCGGCAUCUUGCAGCACCCACAGCCUGCCUCCAUGGCCGCCUCGCCCCAGCGCUCAUCCGCCGACAUGGGCGCCGACAUCCUACGCCGCCAGCUUCUGGAUAACGACGAACGCGAGCGGCAAGAGCGCCUGCAGCAAGCUGAGCUGCGGCGCAUUGAAUCCGAGCGCGAGAGAACGGAGCGCGAACGUGCAAGGGCGCGGGCGCGCGAACUCGAGCGUAGCGUGUCUGGUGGGGGGAGAGUGCCCAGUCUGCGUAGCGCGCACGGCAGCACUCGGAACGGUGCGAACGGGUUCGAGAGGGGUGGCAGUACGAGGAGGCCGGUGUAUGAGUUGCCGGCCGAGGAAGAUGAUGAGCCCGUCAUGCGGGCUACGAGUUUCCCGGGGCAGGAGUGGGUUCCUACGUGGACUGAGGAUUAA